ACAGAGAGAGAGAGAGCGAGAGAGAGAGAGAGCUUUUAAGGGAUUUGCCAGUGAUUUGUAGGAUCUCACUGGCGUAAUGUUGCUCUUUUCCUCCACUUUCCUCUGAUUCUGCCAUGCUCCUGCAGCCGGGAGCCUCAGAGGUCCCUGUCUUCAUUUAGCCCUUCAUGAACCUCCACCACUACUCCCACUACACUUCUUUUUCUCCCUCCGACCAUCGUUUUUCAGUGCGUUCCUGCUUAUUCCAUGAGAGUGCACGGCGUGCGUCUGAGAUGAUAAAGAGGAUUUACCUUGUUCGGUGAGGAGAGGUAGAGCCGUGCCUCGAGGUCUUUAAUCCCAUAUCGGACCGUCGGAUGGAGGAGGCCCCGCUUGGAGGAGCUCAAGUGAUGGAUCGGAACCAGACUGGUCAAUGAGCGAUGGGCAGGUGUCAAAGGUAGAGGGAGUGGCCUGGUGCUGUCAGUACCUCUGCUGGUCCUCAUCAUGACAACACAGGCCCGCUCGUCCCGCUCUUCCUGCCGCCGCUCGCUCGCUCCACCUUUCAGAUACCAGACAUGGCUUCGGCUGACGUGGGCGCUGCUGGUGGGCGCUGCGCCGGGCUCGUGGGCCCAGCCGCCGGGCACCCAGCCUCAGUCCAUCAAAAUCGAGGGUGACCUCACCUUAGGCGGGCUGUUCCCCGUGCACUCUCGGGGCCCCGCCGGCGUGCCGUGCGGCGAGAUCAAGAGGGAGAAGGGGGUCCAUCGAUUGGAGGCCUUGCUGUACGCCUUGGACCAGAUCAACAGCGACCCGGACCUGCUGCCCAACAUCACUCUGGGGGCCCGGAUCCUGGACACCUGCUCCAGGGACACGUAUGCCCUGGAGCAGUCGCUCACCUUCGUCCAGGCCCUCAUCCAGAAGGACACCUCGGAUGUGCGCUGCUCCAACGGAGAGCCUCCCAUCCUCCCCAAACUGGAGAGGGUGGUGGGCGUGAUCGGGGCCUCCGGCAGCUCGGUGUCCAUCAUGGUGGCCAAUGUGCUCAGGUUGUUUUCGAUCCCUCAGAUCAGCUACGCCUCCACGGCCCCGGAGCUGAGCGACAAGACCCGCUACGAGUUCUUCUCCCGCGUGGUGCCUCCCGACUCCUACCAGGCCCAGGCCAUGGUGGACAUCGUCAAAGCCAUGGGCUGGAACUACGUCUCCACGCUGGCCUCCGAGGGCAACUACGGAGAGAGCGGCGUGGACGCCUUCCUCCAGAUAUCCAGAGAAGCAGGUGGGCUGUGUAUUGCCCAAUCCAUAAAGAUUCCCAGGGAGCCGAAGCCAGGGGAGUUUGAGAAGAUCAUCAAGAGACUGAUGGAGACCUCCAGCGCUCGGGGGGUCAUCAUCUUCGCCAACGAGGACGACAUCAAACGGGUGUUGCAGACCGCCAAAACGGCCAACCUCACGGGCCACUUCCUGUUCGUCGGCUCCGACAGUUGGGGGGCCAAAAACUCCCCCAUUCAAGACCAGGAGGAUGUGGCUGAGGGCGCGGUCACCAUCCUGCCCAAAAGAGCCUCUAUUGAUGGGUUCGACCAGUACUUCACUUCGAGAUCUCUGGAAAACAACAGGAGGAACAUCUGGUUCGCAGAAUUCUGGGAGGACGACUUCAAGUGCAAACUAACCCGCCCGGGCAUAAAGUACAAACUCGGUAGAAGAAAAUGUACAGGCGAGGAAAGAAUCAGUCACCACUCUCAGUACGAACAGGAGGGCAAGGUGCAGUUUGUGAUCGACGCCGUGUACGCCAUGGCCCACGCGCUGCACAGCAUGCACCUGGACCUGUGCCCGGGCUACAUGGGGGUCUGCGAGAAGAUGGACCCCGUGGAAGGAGAGACGCUGCUCCACUACAUUCGCUCGGUCAGCUUCAACGGCAGCGCAGGAACGGGAGUGAUGUUCAAUGAGAACGGAGACGCGCCGGGGCGCUACGACAUCUUCCAGUACCAACUGUCCAAUGUCAGCAACCCCGGCUACAAGGUCAUCGGCCAAUGGACAAACCACCUUCGCCUCAAUCUGGAGGAGAUGCAGUGGUCGGGCGGCGACCGCAAGGUCCCGGCGUCGGUGUGCAGCUUCCCUUGCGAGUCCGGAGAGAGGAAGAAGAUGGUGAAGGGCGUUCCCUGCUGCUGGCACUGCGAGCUCUGCGACGGCUACCAGUACCUGCUGGACGAGUCCUCCUGCGACGUGUGCCCCUUCGACAUGAGGCCCCUGAAGAACCGCACGGGCUGCCGGAGCACGCCCAUCGUCAAGCUGGAGUGGAGCUCUCCCUGGGCCGUCAUCCCCGUGUUCCUGGCCAUCCUGGGCUGCCUGGCCACCGGCGGCUGCAUCGUCACCUUCGUCCGCUUCAACGACACGCCCAUCGUCCGGGCCUCCGGCCGCGAGCUCAGCUACGUGCUGCUGACGGGCAUCUUCCUCAUCUACCUCAUCACCUUCCUCAUGAUCGCCGAGCCCAGCGUGCCCGUGUGCGCCUUCCGCAGGCUGCUGCUGGGGCUCGGCAUGUGCAUCAGCUACUCCGCCAUGCUCACCAAGACCAACCGCAUCUACCGCAUCUUCGAGCAGGGCAAGGUCGCGGUCACGCCCCCCAAGUUCAUCAGUCCCACCUCGCAGCUGAUUAUCACCUUUAUGCUCAUCUCGAUGCAGUUGCUCGGGGUGUUCAUCUGGUUUGGCGUGAUGCCGCCCCACACCAUCAUCGACUACGAGGAGCAGAAGCCCCCGGACCCGGAGUUCGCCCGCGGGGUCCUCAAGUGCGACAUGUCCGACCUGUCGCUCAUCCUCUGCCUGAGCUACAGUUUCGUGCUGAUGAUCACGUGCACGGUGUACGCCAUCAAGAGCAGAGGAGUCCCCGAGACCUUCAACGAGGCCAAACCCAUCGGCUUCACCAUGUACACCACCUGCAUCAUCUGGCUGGCCUUCGUACCCAUCUUCUUUGGCACGGCGCAGUCGACGGAGAAGAUGUUCAUCCAGACCACCACCCUCACGGUGUCCAUGAGCCUGAGCGCCACCGUGUCCCUGGGCAUGCUCUACGUCCCCAAGGUCUACGUCAUCAUCUGCCACCCGGAGCAGAACGUCCAGAAGAGGAAGGUGCAGGCCGCCACCGUGACCGCGCAGCUGUCCCAGAAUUCCAACAACAAACAGAACGGGGCCAAGAUCGUACCGGACAGAUUACAGUGAAAACCAACUGGAGCGGGAUCCAUCGAUGUUAGUUCUGGCUGAAUUGCCUCCCCCCCCCCCCCCCACACACCCCCCCACACACCCACCCAACCACCACCAACUUUCCCCGGAUAGAAAGACCAGCAAAGACAUUCUUGGAUGUUGUGUCUUUUCACACUUAUUUAGGAAACUCAGAUGUAUUCUUUUAUUUCUUUUAUUGACCGGAGAUCUGGCUCUGUAGCUCACUUCAAACGACAACUGGAAGGACCUUCACAUGCCCACGUAUACACACCUCAGCUUCCAGGUUAUGGUUAAAUGGCGACCUUUGCCCUACAGAAAGAUGUACAUUGAUGUGGAAUCUCUUGGGAGGGAUCAGGGCAAAUGAAGGGUGGUCUGCUGGCUCUAAAACCUCUGCAUGGAUUGUGUUUGUUUUUUAUGUGUCAAUUGAAAUAUUGUUUGUAUGGGGCUGUCGUGACUAUUUCUGCUUGAUUGCACCGGAAGGAACCGGCUUUCUAAAAUGCACCACGUCCUGUUACUAUUUCUGAUAGAGCCCCCUGGAGAGGAAACACUUUACUUUAAGCACUCCCAGGAGUCAUACAAUUUCCAAAUCGCUAAAGCAACAAGUUUGAUUUAAAUUAGUGUAAUGAAUGCAGUUAUAAAAAAGGUAAACUGACGGUUUUCAUCGUGCAAACCGGAUACAAGUGGUUAUGAACAGGAGAUGUGUGUUCUACGUGGUACUUCUGCUUCUCUAGUGAUAAACAACAUUUGGCACUUCCCCAUAUUGUUUGUCGAAAUUGCACGCAAUCUCGUUCAUGCGUGGGAACCUUCGGGAAGCUUCCCGUUGUGUUGCGUUUCAUUUUGUGCCACUUGAGGCGCUACAAGUUCUCUCUUCUGCGACAUCAUUAACAGCGGCCACUUAACUGCCAGGAUAUGAUUUGCAACGCACUUUUUGUUACUUGAUCUCAGUGUACAACUCAGGUUUUACUGACGUUUUUGUUUGUUUUGAAUAACGUUUUCCUCAAAGAUUUCUUCCCGUUCUGGUGCAGCUUUUCUUUUCCAGCCUCUCUCCCAGUGCAGGGCUGAGGAUCAUGUGGGGGAGACAGUGUGUGUACUGCCCUCUGCAGGAGAGCACGCCUCGGUGAAAUGUUUGUGGCUGGAAGCAGUCGAGAGGGAAUUGCUUGUAGACCCCACACAAUCCUUAAUAAAAAAAAUUAUUGUU